GUGCCAGUGACCUUCGAAGAAAGCCUGAUUGCCUUCAAGACGGGGCUGCACUACGCAAGAUGUGUGGGGUGGGCGCAUGCAGCUUUUGCUGCUUUUGAAUCUGCUGCUGUUUCUACAGAGUCCGUUUUGUCUCUUGUUGCUGCUUUUGCGGAAAAAGAAAAGGACCUUUCGCUGCUGCUGCUGCACCUGCCCCCAGCAGCAGCAGCAGCAGCAGCAAGUGCCCUCAGCCACAGACAAACCCUCCAAACCGCCACCUGGAAUGCCUUCGUUGCUUUCUGGUCAAUUCAGGAGGUCUACGGCCUCCUCGAGGGCGACUUGAGCAGCACGCUAAGCGCAGUUCCUUCUUUUGCUGCUUCGCCGCUGCUGAGCGGGGGCCCCUCUGGGCGCUUUUGGGUACCGGAGAGCAUUUGGGGGCCCCUGGAGGAGGAGCUGCAGCAGCUGUUUAGGGGCCUUCCUGCUGCAGUAGGUGGCGGCCUUGCUGCUGCUUCCCGUGCUGCAGUGGACGCCGUGCUGCACGUGCUGCAGCAGCAAGUGCGGCGGCGGGGCUUCGUGGAAAUGGGGGCCCCCGAGCAGCAGCAGCAGGGGCCGCCGCAGGGGCAGCAGCAGCUGCAGCAGGAGGAGCAGCAGGCACAGCUGGAGCGGCUGGAGCAGCAGGAGCAGCAGGUGCAGAAGUUCUUCCGCAGCCAGCAGCACACUGCAGCAUUCUGCAAGCUGCUGCAGCAAGCUGCUGCUGCUGCUGCCUUUGCGCAGCAGCUCGAAGACCCGGAGGUGAAGGCCGUGCUGACGCGGCGGCCGCAGCGCUUCGGCUUCGAGAGCUGGCUGAGCCUGGUGCAGCAGCAGCAGCAGCAGCAGCAGCAGCAAAGCCCAGAAGCAACUGUGCUGCUGCUGCAGCGACUCUUCACUCUUGUCUGCAGCAUGAUCCCAGCAAGUGCUGAGACAAGGGCCCUCAAGACUUUGGGAAAGCCCACGGAAGAUGUGCAGCUUUUUAGGACUUUGGUGGACUCCAUAGUGUACCGUUUGCUGCUGCUGGAGCAGCAGCAGCAGCAGCAGCCGCCGCUGCUGCCCCCCUCCUUCGCCCACUACCCCCUCUGCACCGCCAUUCGAGCAGCAGACUGCAGCAGCUUCGCAGCAGCAGCAGCAGAAGACCCAGCUCUUGCCAGAUCUUGCAAAGAACUUGAAGAACAAACUGAAGAGCCCCUGGCGGAGCGCUGCGAGUGCAGCAAAGGGGGCCGCAGCAGCAGCAACUUGCUGCAGUUCUUUGUGGGGUUUAUGAGCCGGCAGCUGAGCAGCAGCAUUGUGCAGGACCAGUGGUCACGUUUGCUGCGCAUGCAGCUGCUGCAGCAGCAGGAGCCCGCGCUGUUCCCGCUGCCGCUGAACCCUCUUGCUGCUGCGCUGCACGAGGCGGCCGUGCAGCUGGCGGACGCAGCAGCAGCAGCAGCAGCAGCAGCGGACGCCGCAGCCACCCCCGCAGGCAAAGCAGCAGCAGAAGCAGCAGCAGCAGCAAAACAAGACCAAGACCUUGCUGCAGCAGCAAACCGCGUCUACACCACCAUGUGCAGAUACGCAGACUACAUGAUAGCAGCAAACAACUUAAAAGAGACCAACGCAUGCACCCUGGUGGGGGCCCCCCCAGAGGGGCCCCCCGGGGGCCCCCCCGGGUCCCCCGGGGGCCCCGGGGGCCCCCCAGGGCCCCUGCUGGCGCUGCUGAAGCGGCUGCUGCAGCAGCACUCCUCGCGGGUCCUGUGGAGCCGGCUGGGGCAGCAGCAGCAGGGAUUAUUAGCAAUGAGUUAUGAAGAAAUAGUAAAGUCGAAGAGUCUGCAGCAGCAGCCGAGUGGGGCCCUAAAGGCGGGGAGACGUGCUGCAGCUGCUGCGGGACAAGCUGCAGCGGCUGCAGCCGCAGCUCAGCAGCUGGAAGCAGCAAGCUGCGCGCGCGCUGCAGCUGCUGCUGCACCAUGCUGUCAAGUUCGUUCUUGCUGCUGCUAA